AGAGCCUUGAGGAGCUGCGGAGUCCGUCACUAGAUUGCUGGUGAAAUAUGCACCAGGACAAGAGAUCCGUUUACCAACAUUUACAAAACCCGAAGAGCGAUUAACGUUACGUCGCAUUACGACUGCUUUCUUUUUUUCUGCUGGGAUUUUCUUCGCAGUGCCAUCUUUAUUCACCGGUUUCAUCGGUUGUGUUGGACAUUUAUCGUUGCGCUGGAUCUCUCGUGUCAAAAGAUGUGUGUGGAGAGCGAUGGGUGUGAGAUAGAAGGCUGCAGCAGUUUGGACGAGGUGCACACGCUGUCUGGCAGUAUGAGUACGACCCUGAAGACCCAACCGGACCUCCAUCCGUGUAACCACCGGCAGAAAUUCAGAGCCGCCUUGCUGAAAUGCCGCUCACCGGCUGCCGCCGCCGGGAUACUCAGUUUCGGAAACGUGCUCAACUACAUGGACAGAUACACAGUUGCAGGUGUGCUCCUCGACAUCAAGCAGCAUUUUUCAGUAUCCGACACGUACGCUGGUUUGUUGCAAACGGUGUUCAUCUGCAGCUUCAUGAUCGCCGCCCCCAUCUUUGGUUACCUGGGCGACCGCUUCAACCGCAAGGUCAUCCUGAGCUGUGGCAUCUUCUUCUGGUCCGCCGUGACCCUCUGCAGCUCCUUCAUCUCCAGCAAAGAGCACUACUGGCUGUUCGUGCUGUCGCGAGGCCUGGUGGGCAUCGGAGAGUCCAGCUACUCCUCCAUAGCUCCCACCAUCAUCGGGGACCUCUUCACCAGCAACAGCCGCACCAUGAUGCUCUCCGUCUUUUACCUGGCCAUCCCACUCGGGAGUGGUCUGGGCUACAUUCUGGGCUCCACAGCCAAGGAUGCUGCUGGGGACUGGCACUGGGCCCUUAGGGUGUCUCCGUUCCUGGGCAUGACGGCCUGCACGCUGAUCCUCCUCUUCGUGCCAGACCCCAAGAGGGGGCUCGCCGACGCCAGCGGACCCAAGAUCAAGAGCCACACCUCCUUUGUCUGCGACAUGAGAUCCCUGCUGAAAAAUCGCAGCUUCGUCUUCUCCUCUCUGGCCUCGGCCACGGUGACCUUUGCCACAGGGGCGUUCGGCACCUGGAUCCCCCAGUACCUGUACAGGGCGCGUGUGGUGCAGAAGGUGACGGAGCCAUGCACUGUGGCACCGUGCAGCAGCAAUGACAGUCUGAUCUUUGGAGCGAUCACGUGUGUGACGGGUCUGCUGGGAGUGGUGAUUGGCGCGGUGACGACGCGGCUGUGCCGGCAGAAGACGGAGCGCGCCGACCCUCUGGUGUGUGCCGUCAGCAUGCUGGGCUCGGCCAUCUUCAUCUGCCUCAUCUUCGUCACGGCCAAGAAGAGCAUCGAGGGGGCCUACGUCUGCAUCUUCAUUGGGGAAACGCUGCUGUUUCUGAACUGGGCCAUCACGGCGGACAUUUUAAUGUUUGUCGUCAUCCCGACGCGAAGAGCCACUGCAGUAGCCCUCCAGGGCUUUACGUCACAUCUACUGGGCGACGCGGGAAGUCCGUCCCUCAUUGGCCUGAUAUCGGACGCCCUCCAGGAGAGCUACAAGUCCUCCAUGCUGUGGCACUUCCUGAGCCUGGGCUACGCGCUCAUGCUGUGCCCCUUCGUCAUCGUGCUGGGCGGGAUGUUCUUCCUGGCCACGGCCCUCUUCUUCCUGGACGACAGGGAAAAGGCUGACAAACAGAUAGCCCAGCUCACCAGGCAACCUUCCACAGUUAAGGUCACCAAGUGAACAGAAGGAACAGUUUGACACCUGAAAAUACCUGGGAACUAAAUGGAAAGACGAUGACGAGAAAGAUAUGGUGGGAGGAAGAGAGAGAGAGAGACGCUGAACAAAAUGGAAACCGCUUACGCACUGGACAUCCUACCAGAGCAGCCAUCUCUGUCCAUCAUCAGCCUUCAUGAUCAAUGCAAAACUCAUCAUCAACACCUCCUUUUCUUUUUCUUCUCUGUAUUUACUGUUUCUUUUUCUUUUUACCUCUCCGUUACAUUCUCUUUAUCUCUUUUUCACUCUUGCCGUCAUUACCUCUAUUUCGCUGGUUUCUUCGCUGCCUCCUUCUCCGGGAGGCUGCUUUAUAACUGGAGCCACAGCUUCCUCACCUCACUCUGAGGACACAGCUUUCUCCGUGUCCAAAAACAGACUCUGCCAAGUGUUGUCGUUUUUUGUUUUGUUUAUUUGUUUGUUUGUUCUUUUUUUAUAUACAACAAAUGCCAGCGGCAGGCCGAGUGUGUGCUCCGUGCCCUGCUGAUGCAGCAGAACCGGAGGGGAUUGGGGGGGGGGGGGGGGAGGAAGGUGGUGGUGGUGGGGGCAUGGAGCCGCAGUGAUAUCCAUGCAGAUGAGCCGGAGUUAUAGUGCCAUACUACUGAAAAGAAGGAUAGAGGAUGGAUGGAUGGAGGAUGGAGGGAUGGUUAGAGGAGGUGUGGAGGUGUGUUAUGAUGCCUGUCUGAAAAUCUGCACCAAGUGCCAAGUAACAGUACAUUCCCCCACACAUACAGUACACCACCUCAUUCACCCCAACUCCCUCUACUCCCACUUGCUUUCAGUGCCACCCCUCCCCCCAGCAUCUCCCCCCUCUCUGAAGAUAGAAAAGCUACAUAUUGGAUAAUACCAUAGAUAUACAUAUUGGAUAAUACUGGAAACUGAACCGUUGAAUCACACACACACACACACACACACACACACACACACACACACACACACACACACACACACACACACACACACACACACACACACACACACACACACACACACACACACACACACACACACAAUCAUGGACCCUUUUGACAUCUCCGUGUCCCCAUGGCUGAUGAAAGGCUGGAAUGUCGGCCCUUAGCUGACUUCCGGCCCCUGUUUGUGAGCUCCAUUGUUUUCCUUGACUUCAGAUCUCAGCACUUAACUCUCCAAAGCAUCGCUGAUACAUCACACAAUCAUUAAUAUAGACGAAACAGACAUGACUCACUACGUUUUUGGGGGGGGAAAAUCAGAUAUAAAUAAUACAUUUUUGUUUGUUUUUGAAACUUGAGGUCCAAACCUAUGAUUGUUUCAAAGGGAUUCGUGAUUGGAGGAGGAGAAGAGUGUAUUGUGUAGUCUAGUCAGCAUGGCAGGACAUUGGUUACUAGGCCGUUAACUUUUCUAUGAAACGGAAGAAAGGGGUUUUGACCUUUAUGAAACUUUUUCUCCAGAAGGCUAAACAAUGUAGAGAUGUUCCUUCGCUUUGAAGCCAAGUCAUUGGAGAUGAAGGCAUUUUUCUAUUUUUUCAAAAGUACACAGCAGGUCCAGUUUUGCCAAAUUGCCCCUGCGUUUCACAUUGGGGGAUCCCUUUCAGUUUGUUGGCUUUGAAAUGUCCAGAAUGCCAAACACUAAGCGAACGGAAAGCCUUGUUGAUCCAGGUCUGAAGUAUCCAGUUUUAGUUGCUGAGAAUAGCCGUCUUUGUGCACAGCCUUUUUUUCUCUUCUGUGCAAUUGUAGAUAUCUAAUUUCUCAAAAGGCUAGGGAAGAAGGAUUAAAAGGAAUAUGCACGUCUUUGAGUCAUGGAGUUAAUUGAAGAUAGCCAUUUAUCCGCCAAAAGAGGUCAUUCUAUCCAACAGUCUAGUCGAGAUAACUUGUCAGUCAGUUCUGGUUCAGUAACUUGACUAGACAGACUGCAUUGUAUUUGAGCCAAUUUAGUUAAUCAGACCAGGAAGGUUUCACUACUUUCACUCUUUCACAGAGCCGAUCUUUGGAUAGUGAAUUAGCCACUUGAGAACAGCAACACACUUUUGUUGAAAUCUUCCUACUGCGAUAGUAAUGUUUGCCAAAGGAGCCAGAGAAACAACUAAAAUGCUACGCCUUGGAUAAUGAAGUGUUGCCGAGAAACUGUUUUUAAUUUGAAGGCUC